CGGACCAAAAUACCCCUGAUUUCAUUCCCUCUCUGAUCUAUCUCUCUCCCUUGUUUAAUUUUCACGCAGAGAGCAUAUGUAAAUUGUAAAACACACCUUGACCCAUUUAUUAUAUUUGUUUACUCCCCCAUUAAGUCAAUUAAUUAAAUCAAUAUUUGUAUUCUACACACAUAUUUUUCUAUUAGUUUUAUGAUACUGAGCUGAUUUGAUUUUGUGGGCACCAAUCUCUAAGUACAGAUUUUUGAAAAAAGAGUUGAUCUUUGAUCUGGGGUUGUGUGAAUCUGAGUGAAAAUACAAAAAAAUUCAAAGCGAAAGAAGAAAAAUUGAAUCUUGGAGAUUCUUGGACUGGAAUCUUGGCUGAUGGGUCUUGAAGUGAGGGCCAUUGUGUAGCAUUGUUGGAUUUCUGGGAUCAGUGAUGAAGGAUUUGAGCUGGGUCAUAGUGUUUCUGGGCUUGCUUUGUGUAUUUCCAUCUGGGUUUUCUUUGAUUGAUGAUUUUGGUCAAGCGUUUCCCAUUGUAGAACCUGAUCCUGGUCAUACAAAACUUCGCCUUGCGAGGGAUGGACUGGAAGCAAUUAAGAGGAUUACUACUCCAAUUGCGGCUGUCGCUGUAAUUGGUCCGUAUCGCUCUGGAAAAUCUUUUCUGCUUAAUCAGCUUCUCUCACUAUCUUGCAACGAAGGUUUUGGCGUUGGGCACAUGCGUGAUACUAAAACAAAAGGUAUAUGGGUAUGGGGAACUCCUGUUGUGGUAGAUAUUGAUGGAGUUAAAACAUCCGUCUUUUAUCUUGACACAGAGGGGUUUGAAAGUAUCGGGAAGUCAAAUGUUUAUGAUGACAGGAUUUUUGCAUUGGCAACUGUUCUGAGUUCCGUGCUUAUCUAUAAUUUGCCUGAAACGAUUCGUGAAGCAGACAUAUCUCGAUUGUCAUUUGCAGUUGAGCUUGCUGAAGAGUUCUACGGAAGGUGUGCACUUCAACUAAUAAAUAUGCUGUUCAAUGUAUCAAUCACAUGUUUCUGUGGAUAUUCAUUGUUUAACCGAGUUUUUCAGGGGCAAGAUGUUGCCUUCGAACCAGCUAAGCUCCUAUGGCUUAUACAACGUGACUUCUUGCAAGGAAAGUCGGUGAAAGAAAUGGUGGAUCAAGCUCUUCAACAUGUUCCUAAUUCUGACGGUGACAAAUACAUUGAUCAGAUUAAUCACAUCCGCGAUUCCUUAGCUAUUAUGGGUGACAAUAGCACAGCCUUUAGCUUACCUCAGCCUCAUCUUCAGCGGACAAAGCUUUGCGAGUUAAAGGAUGGCGAUCUUGAUCCAGUUUAUGUUAAGAAGCGAGAUCAAUUAAAACAACUUGUUGUAUCUGUCAUUCGUCCAAAAGUUGUGCAAGGCAAAUUUUUAAAUGGGAAGGAGUUUGUAUCUUUUCUAGAGCAGAUCCUUGAAGCCUUGAAUAAGGGAGAGAUCCCUACAACAGGUUCUCUAGUAGAGGUUUUUAACAAGGGUAUUCUGGAGCGAUGUCUGAAAUUGUACAAUGAUAGGAUGCAAAAAGUGGUUUUACCCGUCUCUGAGGAGUCUUUGCAAGCAGCUCAUGAAGCUUCAAGAGAAGUAUCAUUAAAGUCUUUUGAUGAGCAACAUUUUGGUCGUCACCAUGCAAAAAAGUCAGUUGAAAAAUUGGAUGAAGAAAUUGAUAAGGUGCAUAAGAAUGUCAUUAUGGCAAAUGAAUACCAUUCUGCAAAGUUAUGUGAAGGAUUAUAUACUAGGUGCGAGGACAAAAUGGACCAACUUCAAGUCCUUAGACUUCCAUCCAUGGCAAAAUUUAAUGCAGGUUUCCUCCAGUGCAACAGAAGUUUCGAAAAGGAAUGUGUUGGCCCAUCAAAAACCAGCUAUGAGAAUAGAAUGAUGAAGAUGUUAGGGAAAUCAAAGUCCCUGUUUAUUAAAGAAUAUAAUCAUCGCCUCUAUAAUUGGUUGGUGGGCUUUUCUCUUGUCAUGGUGGUGGUGGGAAGGUUUAUUAUCAAGUUCUUUCUGAUUGAGAUGGGAGCGUGGAUAAUGUUUAUAUUCUUAGAGACAUACACGAGGAUGUUUUGGUCAGCGGAGUCUCUUUAUUACAACCCAGUUUGGCAUUUUGUAGUAGCGACCUGGGAAACACUUGUUUACAGCCCUGUUCUUGAUUUGGACAGAUGGGCCAUUCCUCUUGGUAUAAUAGUAUUUGUCUUGGUAAUUUAUUGGCGGUGUUAUGGAAGGAGAAAACAUGGUUCCCAGUGGCUUUUGCCGAUGUACAACAACAAUCCAAAAGAUCGACGAAGAUCAGAAUAAAUUGAUCACAUUGUUGUGUUAUCGCGGUGAAGUCUACCACUUUUAUACAAAGCAGGACGGAUCACGGUUGAUGAUACUUCGUUGGUUCAUAUUUACGCACCCCUGUAACUGUAGCACAUAGCAAAUUUUACUACUACAACCUUAAAUGGUGUUCGAUGUAUACUAGUGGACAGUUAACUUUUAUUCUUCCUCGAGGAGCUGGGAAUCUGCAACUUAAUAGCUAGCUAGGAACACAAAUUUUUUAGUUAAAUUUCGUAAAAAUGUUCUAUUUUACUUGUUGGUUACUUGGGAUAAAUUUUUGGAGGUGGUCUGAAGGUCUGGUUAUUAUUUGAAUUUUUACAUAAUUUGUUGCUCCAGUAUAUAUUUUAGGGACUUUUUUGCA